CCUAAAAAGGAAUGAAAAUUUCAGUAGGCCAUUUUGUUAUAAGUUAUUUAGACGUGAAAAUUUUCACUUAGUGAUAAUUUUUAGUGACUCUACUGCAAUAAAAAAAACAGUUCAAACGCUUAAAAAUACUUAAAAACCCAUAGAUAUAUAAAUAAAAUGGGUCGUAAGAAGAAGAAGGCUUCGAAACCAUGGUGCUGGUAUUGCAAUCGGGAGUUUGACGACGAAAAGAUUUUGGUGCAACAUCAGAAGGCCAAACAUUUCAAGUGCCAUAUAUGUCACAAGAAAUUGUAUACAGGGCCGGGUUUAUCGAUUCACUGCAUGCAAGUACAUAAAGAAACCGUGGACAAGGUUCCUAACUCUUUACCGAAUCGUUCAAACAUUGAAAUAGAAAUUUUCGGCAUGGACGGCAUACCAGCGGAAGAUGUACGAGAACACGAAAGACAGAAAAAUGGCGGCAAAUCUGAUUCUGAUGAUGAUGAGCCAGCUGCCAAGAAAAAAGUCGAAAUUCCAUUAACGGCACCACCACCUAUGAUGAUGCCCCCAAAUAUGAUGCCACCGAUGAUGGGUCAGUUCGGGCCGAUGGGUAUGAUGCCAAACAUGCCGCCAAUGGCACCAAUGCCACCAUUUUUGGGUCCCGGCGGUAUACCAAUGAUGCCACCGCACAUGAUGCCGCCACGGCCGCUAUUUCCCGCAGCUAUGGCUGCCACUACUUCGGCGGCUGCUGUACAUGCGGCCGCCAUGCCACAAAAACCAACUUUCCCUGCGUACAGUAAUGCAACAAUUAGCGCACCACCAACAACUAACAAUCCAAGUUCCACAGGAAAUGUAGCACCUACUGAGCCGCCCAAGGCGCCAGCAGCUGCACCAAGUGCAAAUGCUAAUGUUACGUCGAAAAUCAUGCACCCCCCCGAGGAUAUGAGUUUAGAGGAGUUACGAGCACGCAAGCCGAAAUAUCAACAGAAAUUGCACAACAGCGGUGGCAAUAUCAAUCAUCAACAGCGCUCCACAUCAGGGGGAUCGCACAGUCAUAAUCACAAUGCCGUUGUGAGUAGCGCAUCAUCUAUGACAAUUCCAACAAGUUCGAGUACGUCGAGCGCAGCAGCAGCAGCAGCCCAGGCUGCAGCUAUAUCAAAGGCCCAGGAAGCUGCUGCAAUGGUAGCGGUUGCACAGGUCCAAGCGGCUCAGGCGCACGUGCAGGCGCAAGCUCAAGCACAAGCACAGGCUCAAGCUCAUGCUCAGGCUCAAGCACAGGCGCAGGUACAGGCUGCACAGGCACAUGCGCACGCGCAUGCGCAUGCAGCGGCACAGGCACAAGCUGCACAGGUACAGGCACAGGUGGCGCAUGCACAAGCGCACGCGCAGGCUCAGGUCGCUCAAGCAGUAGCUGCGCAACAGCAACACCAACAGAAGCAACUGGAAGAUAUCAAUCGUGCUGUGAUCAUGCAGCGUCUACAGGCCGCACGUCCUGGCCAUCCUCAAUCGGCACUCGGCGCUCCCACUGCUGCGGCCGUAGGCAUGAUGCCGCUGCCUGGUCAAAUGCAAUUAAUGCAGCCGAUGUUACGUCCGGCCAUGGCACUGGGACCGCACGGACCGCUACUGGGUGGUAAUAUGUUGCGAGCACCAGGCGGUUUGUCUGGAAUGCCAGGUUUGGUGCCAGUACAAGCCAUACAAAUGCCGGGUAUGCCCAUGCCCGGUAUGGGUGUCAUGCUACCCGGUCAUCCCGUUCUGCAGAUGAUGCCACGAUUUCGGUGAUCCGUUGCCCAAGGUGCGCCGCCCAUUUGUCUGGCAGCGCCGCUAUUAGAGACACCGAUGCCGUUAUUAUAUCCUCCGGAGAGAUAAAAGUGGAAGUAAGCAAUAAUGCAUUUAGCAUCGCCUGAGACAAACAAAUUGAAACAACAAAUAGCAAAAGCUGUGAAACAAUAGCAAAACAACGGCAGAACUUGUGUUGUGCAAAUUAAAUAAAAACUAAAAAUAUGUACAUAUAUAAAAGUUGAAACAAAGAAAAACAAGCAUUUGAAUCAGAUCACAAUGGAAUGCGGAGCUCAGCAGUGCCACCCAGUAGCGCUUGUAGCAAACUGAUAUAACAACAACACGCAAAUGCAAAGUGCAGCCAGCAGCAUGUAUGCAACUAACAUCACAAAAACAACAUUAAAUUGAGAACAACGACAGCAAGAGCGACAACAAGCAAGUUCAAAAUUUUUUAAUCCAUUCUAUUUACUCGUAAACUCACCCUUGAACUCAUGUCUACUAAAUAGUUGUUUUUUUUUGUAACUUAAAUGAGCGUAUUUGUAAGCAGCGUUGUUGUUGCCACUUUAAACAGAAACCAAGUUUUUACUUUUGUUAAUUUUUCCCCCUACUCAUUUCACGAGUUUUGCAAGGCGCCAUUUUAACCGAAAGACGUGUCGUUACACACACACAAACAUAAUUACGCAUGCAACAAAUAUACAAGCACCCAACUCAGCACCAUGAGAAGGAUGGAGCGAGAAUACUGGUACUUUAAAAAAUAAAAUAAACAAAAAUCCAAAACAAACUAAGAAAUUUGAAAUUGCGCUUUGGGUUAAUGUGGUGGCUAGUUAUUUAAUUAUAUGAUUUUUUGGUUUUCUGUUUUAAAUUAUUAUAUUUCGAUUUUGAUACUCAGUGGAUUCGCUUUAGUUAUAAAUUUCUUCUUUCAAUGCUAUUUACAUUUACAUAUAUAUUUAUAUACAUAUUUGUACACAUCCAUACAUACAUAUAUAUUAUACAUACAAUAAUUUGUUUGUUUCUUUUAGUUGUCUGCUAUUUUUUCAAUUAAAAUUAUGUUAAACUUUGCUUAGACAAAACAAUUAAAGCGAAACAAACAUAGACAUGCAAUAAAAUGAAAUGAAAAUGUAAGUUCUUGCAACCAAUAUGUAAUUUAAGUGAGUAUUAUUGAGUAUGAAUGUGUAUUAUGGUAUAGCAUAUGAGCAUACACACGCAUACAUACAUACAUACAUUGCAUACAUUUGUGUGUCUUUAAUAGAAAUACGUACAACUUUGAAUGUCAUGCAAAUGUAGGUAAAUGGUGCAUACACACAUACAUAACUCGUAACAUUUUAAUACAUACCAUACAUACAUAUAUGUAUGUAUAUCUAUGAGAAACUAAUCCGUACUCUUACUUUUGCUUUAAUGACUUUCUCAUCUGUCUAGAUUUAUUUUUUAACUUGGCCGAAGGGUAAUUCUUAUAGCAAUUCAUUGUAAAUUAAAAAUAUUUCAUGGACUAGCCCUUUACGGCCUUUAACCUAAUUAUCAUACUGCUUUUGUACAAGUGUUUUCCAUGCUUGCCGGCUUUCUCAUAUAUGUAACUCUCCCUUCCCUCUAACAUCAUAUACAUAAUUGUACUGCUACUUUUUCUUUUCGUUUGUGGACACAGAAAAAACGAGUUGAAGGCUUCAAAUCCUGAAAAAGGGAGGAAAAAAUAUUUAAGAAAUUUGCAGUGGAAGUAAUCGUUGCUUUGAUAUAGUAAUUUUUGUAAAAUAAAUUUGAAUUUGGGAAGAAUUAAUUUUUUUACUAUAUUUGCUAUGUUUAAAACAGCACUUCAUUUACGAAAAUGAAAACCAGAAAACACGAGUUGAAGACUUCAAAUGCUGAAAAAACGGAGGAAAAAAAUAUUAAAAACAAUUGCAGAGGCAACAAUUAAUUUGAUAAAGCAAUUUUUGUAAAAUUAUUUGAAUUUGAGAAGAAUUAAAUUUUUUUAGUAUGUUUAGAACUGCACUUCAUUUCCAAAAAACAGAAGAAACCAGGACGACUGCAAAUGUUGAAAAAAGGAAGAACAUUUUUUUUUUUUAAUUUGCAGUGGAAAUAUUCGUUGUUUUGAUACAGCGAUUUUAGUAAAAUAAUUUUGAAUGUGAGAAGGAUUAAAUUUUUUUAUAAUAUUUGCUUAAAACAAAACCAAAAACAAAAAAAAUAAAAUAAAUGUUGCAAUAAUGCCAAUUGUUUGUUUAACCGAAAGCUUUUUGCAACUUUUUUCGUUUAAAAUUGUUUUUUUUUUUGGAAAAUUUUAAAUGCAUAACUGGAAUUGUUUUCAGAAAAUUGAAACGAAUUCCAUACUAUAAUAAAUAAAUGAAAGGCGGGCUCCAUUCUUACCUACUGUCAGCGUGAAAAGAAAAUAUACAACGCAUAUUGAUGAGUUUUGACUAUUUAUUUACAGCGUACUUUCUCCUAACGGACGUCUGCCGUAAGCGGCAACUUGUUUCAGUACAUACCACAAAUCCUUAAGUAUUUUUAAUUUCCUUUUCUCUUGAGCGGACAAGCCAUAACAUAUUAUUAACUGUUUUGGCUCUUUUCUCAUAAGAGAGAGAGUACACUGUAUUUUUUUUUGUAAUUUAAGUUUUUUUAUAAAAAUAUAAUUCAUAUUACAGCAAUAGCCAUAUAACGCAAAGUUUCGAACUUUGUAUAAAAUUUGUAAAAAUUCGGCCAAUCUUCAUCAAAAUUUCAAACUCUUUACUCAGAAUUUCAUAGCGGCAGUCUACCCUGUCAGAAAUCAAAAUAGAUUAACGAAACCAACGCAAGCCUGAGCCUUGUCGAUCAUUAAAUUUUUGGCAACAUAAAAUGCAAAUUUCAGGUGGCUCAAAACUAGCGUUGAUUUUUGAAUAUUUUUUCGAGUUUUCAUACCAUACCAAAAAAAAAAAUAACAAAAGCAGGCUUUUAGCGACAUAAAAUGAAAAUUUCAAAACUGGCGUUGAUUUUUUGACAAUUUUUUCUACUGACGGUGUUGGGAGUUUUUUCCAUACAAAAAAAAAAAAAAAGUGGAAUAGGCAUUAAAUGGAGAAAAUUCACAAGACCCCAAAAAAUUUUCACAAAUCAGCGUGAUUUUUGAACUACUUGCUAUACCCUAUACUUUACUAUACCCAAAUUUAAUGAGCUGUAAAAUUGCAUACCCGAAAUUUUCUAAAAAUUCUGAGUAAAAAGUUUGAAAUUUUGAUGAAGAUUAUAAUUUCUGUAAAUUGAAAUUUUUUUCAGAGACUCUGAGUAAAAAGUUUGAAAUUUUUUCGAAUUCUAACGAAUUUUGUAAAAAGUUUGAGCCUUUGCUUUAUGAUAUUCGUUGUAUGAACUGUGUUUUUUUUUUUUGGAAAAGAAUAAUUGAAAAAAGUUUGUGUACUAGUGUGUACUUGUGUAAAUAGUCAAAACUUGGCGUACACUUUCUUUUGACGUUGACUGUACAUAUUGAGCACUGUAUCAAUGAUUUUAGUUUUUGGGAUUACUAAAAUCCAGUGAAAACAUCGAAAUCAACCUAAAUAAUUUAGUACUUGACAAGCAUAAGAACUUUGCAGCUCGUUUGAAGUAGUUUUCAUCAAAAAGUAACAAAUAAAAAUUAUACACCCACUUCCUUUUACUCGUUACUGGUCCACGAUCGUCCUGUUAUGUACUAACAACUGUAAAUUAUUUUAGUAACCCAGUGAAUUAAGUUGUAGACACUUCACUUUUCCGUCUUUUCCGCCUCUUCCCUUAUUUUGCUUAUGCAAUUGCCUAUUGUAAAAUAUGUAGCAAGCAAAAAACAAAAGAAAAACAAAAAUUAUUUUCAUAUUUGUGCUAAAUUUCCUUUGACCUAAUUCCACAUUGCAUUUAAUUUGUUUCUUUCUCGUUCUCUAUCCUUUUUUUUAGUUUUUUCCUUAUCACUCUUAUCACUUGAAAAUUUUUAUGUAUAUUAAAUUCACAUUAAUUUUUUAACAGGUCCACGGGUCGUUUGACGACAACGUUGGUCGAUUGCAACGAUGCGUUCGAUCUUUAGUUUAUUUUCAGUAUACAACUGACUAACUUCCAUUUUCGACAAAAAAAACAAAGUUCGAAAAAAGAAAACCUAAAACAAAGAACCUAACCGUAGCACACAACCGCUGAGUAAGCAAUCACUCGAUAUUUCUUUACUAUGCGUUCCGUUUGCCGUAACAUUUGUUUAAUACCUAUAACAGUUCUAAGCACGAAAUAAUUAGUAUACUCUAGUAAUUAGUAAGCUUAUGAAAGUAUGAUCUAAAAUCAAAUCAAAAUCAGUGAUACAGUAACAAAAACAAAACAAACAAAAAAAUAAUAAUAAAAAAUACAUAUAUGUACCUACAUACCAUACUAAUACAUACGUAUACAUUUCACAGAUAUAAUGUAACGGUGUGCCGCCGAUUGCUGAAUGUGCCGAAUUCGUUCCCCUACUUAUUAGUGUGACGGCGGGUUUGUUGAUAGUCUUGUUGUAACUUGUAUUUACGUUUGCCGUUAUGUCUGAAUCGUACCUACAUACGUAUGUACUUACUAUGUUACUCUCAUCCUUCAAUCAUUUUCGCAUUAUUCACCACAGUGUGGCAAAUAAAAAAACGUUUGUGCUUAUUGUUACACAGAGGGCCGUUUUUUCAUCUAACCAAGAAAGUGAGGUUUAUACGAGUAAGUGAGCCGAUGAGAUAAUUCUAACUUCAAAGUGCACUUUAACUCUUCUCGUACUCUCAACUGUCUUAAAAAUGAAUAAAAAUAAUCAUAAUGAAAUUCAUUAAAUUUAAUAAAUUAAUAAAAAUAAAAAUUAAAAAUAUUAAUAAGAACAAAAAUUAAUUAAUAGAAAUAAAAAUUAAUAGCGAAACUAUGGCAAAGCUGGAGUAAAAAUACUACGAUUUAUUUAUAAUAUUUUAAAUCUUGGUAAUAUCGAAGAGGAAAUUUAUACAGAACAUUAUUAACAAUGAAAUUAGUUUAGGGAAAAAUAAAUCCAUUGUUUUUGCGCAAAAUUCUAAACUUUAUUUAAGAUGUUUCGGUUUCGGAUGUCACGAUUUGUGAUUUUGGCCUUCCGUUGUCCUGUUGGAACACAAAACCUCUUCGGUUGGCCAAUUCUGGUCGUUUCUGGUCAAUUGCUAGCUUCAAACGGUCCAGUUGUUGACAAUGGAGAUCUGAAUUUAGUGUUUGGCCAUAUGGAAGCAACUCAUAAUAAAUGAUUCCUUUCAAGUCCCACCAAAUACACAAUAUGUAGAACCUUCCUGGCAGUUAGUCCUGGUUUGACCAGUGUUUGAGCUGCUUCAUCACGCUUUGACCACGAUCGUUUGCUUACAAUAUUGUCGUAUGUGACCCAUUUCGCAUCUCCAGUCACCAUCCGUUUAAGAAAUGGGUCAAUUUCAUUCCGUUUGACCAAGGCUUUGCAGAUGGAAAUUCGAUCCAUCAUGUUUUUGGUGUUAAUAGCGACCAAAGAUCCAGCCUCUUUUUGAAUCCAGCUUUGCGCAAAUGAUUAAAACUAUUUUAUAAUCGAUCUUUAGCUCCUGGGCGAUGCUACGACUCCUAAUAUGCCGGCCAGCUUCUAUUAUUUCUGUGAAUUUAUCGACAUUUUCGACGACGGGCCCGCCUAUGCGAGGUGCAUCUUUACCAUCAAAUAUGCUUGAAUGGUAUCGCCGAAACCGAAAUUCGAUGUAAUUAGGUGUUACGGUAUCGGCACCAUAAACACCGUUCACAAUUUCAGCGUCCUUCAUACCCAUACCCUUCAACCUAUUCGGCUACGGCGACUGAAUUUACGUAGAAUGCCUUGAAUUAUUUCACUUUACUUAAACGUAAAUAUAAAUUUUGAAGUGCACAUUGAUUAACCGUGAGGCUAGCUGAAGUGAGUGAAGUGAGCUGUAAUCUUAGAUGUUAGUUCAGAAAACGGCCUUUAAUUGUUUUCCAUAAGCAUAAUUCAAUUUUUUUUUCCAAUAUUAUGUAAAUUUAAAAUGUACCAGUAAAUAAUGUUAAAUAUCGCACAUACGAUAAUGUUUCUUGACAUAACAUAAAUACUGAUUUUCACGUUGUCUUUUAAUUUAACCCUUGUACGAACUUAAAUGUAUUACUAUAAUUGUUUUUAUUUUUCUUAAUUUUUAUUCUACCCGUGUUAGUGUUUAUUUUUUAUCGAUAAACGGUAUCGGUGUCACCAUUUUGUGUUUGUGUUUGCGUGGAAGUCUUUCAAAGUAAGUUUUACGCUUUUCUUUAUUUCACAUAUUUCUAAAAACCUUCAAUGCCUAAAACGAGCAACAACGAAAGUACAACACAAUCAGUAAGUUCACCAAUUUCAAGUAUUUCCUAACUAAAUAUUAACGAAAAGUCGAGUUAACGCGUUACUGUGCAUGUAGGUAUUAAAUUUAUAAAAUUCAUUACAUUAAUUUUUAUAUUACGGUUAAAGGCUUUCUGGUUACGGUGGUCUUCACAUAUACGCGGAUGCAUACAUUCUUACAUUACAUAUUUUCGUAACUUACCCUACAAGAAAGCUGUUAAGUCAUUUCAUACAUCACCUGAUCAACGGGGUGCUGACAUAGUUUGCCAUCAUAUGACAAAUCUUCUGUACAUUCUGCAUCCUUUUCUUGCAUAUUUACCUCUUUAACAAAUUGUGGUACGGCUGCGCUGGUUAUCGAAGUCAGCACUGAUGUGAUCGUUGAUCAGAUGUGAUCAAUCGCAUAGACAUUUUUUCAACGUUUUUUUAUUUGUGUGUUUUUGGAGUUUCAGUGAAGCGGAUGGCGUGAUUUCUUGUGGGGUAUGUGGCUCAUACAUUGUAAGAUUAUCUAGGAAAAAAAAACAAUCUUUAUUGCCUAAUUGGAUGCCCUUGGAUGUCACUUGAAGUUGCAUAUUUUCGUAAUUUGUGUGUAUGCUUUUAUUUUUUCCUUGAAAUGCGGCAAUGCGGUAAAGUAAGUUUGUAAUUUUUUCCCCUUUCCGCCCACAUGUAGGCCUGAUACAUAUGUAGUAAUUUAGAGAAAUUUAAGUGCAAUCUUCUUUUUAGAUUUAUUUCUAACGACGGAACGAUUCCGAUCUUAUGACAGUUUUGAAAUGAAUACUUGAACUUUUUUUAUAUUUAAAAAAAUUGUUUUAAAUUAAAAUUUUAUUUUUAAAUUUUUUGAAAUUACUUUGCCUAUAUUGAUUAUAAAAGUGCAAUAAGUGCGUGCAAGAUUUUUUUUAGACUACUAAUUUUGAUAAAUUUUGAAUUUUAUGCUUCAAUUAGUUUUUUUUUUAAAUUCCAAUAGCUUUCGAAAUUUUUUGUUUAUAUUAAUAAUUAAUGUUUAAUUUUUUGCCUGAAAACUUUGAAGAAUGAUGGAUGAAACUGAUGCGUCAAAAUAAUUUAUUUUCGCGGCUAUCCAACCUUUCCAUGUUUUUUCACAUUGCUUUUGGGGGCAAAACAGUUUUGAAAAGUUGGUUAAUAUCCAAAGUUAAAAAAAAUAACAAAGUAACGUUAAAAUUUUCCUAGUGAUCUCUAAAAACCCCAAAAUUCCAGGUGCAAUCCAAAGCAAUUCAAUUUUUCAGCCUCUGCGUCACUUGUAAAGGUUUCUUUUUUGAAUAGGAAAACUGCUUUUUAAAAACUUCGUGUCAAGCUUUUUGUCAAAGUCUUCUCGACGGUUUCUUCAACACUUCGUGUUGCUGCCUGGCAAUUAUUCAAGUCUUCAUAAGCUUUGUCGAAUCUAUUGGUUGCAGUGAUGAUUCAUUCGGAAUCAAACUAGCGCUUUCGCACCAUUUUGUUGACACAUUCUCGCGAUUAUUUACAGCGUGAUUAUAUCCAGUGCGGUUUAAGAACUUUAUUUGGUUGUUGACGUAUAAGCCAGACAGUUGUUUGAAACUCUCGAACAGUGGUUUGCUCAGGGUAUACUUUCUCUCCUUCCAUAGCGCAGGGCAUUCACAGAGUAAUUGGAAAAUCGUUUUCUUUUUCUCUCUGGCUGCUUACAACUGUUGCAGUGUGUGUUGUGAGAGAUGCCCAUUUAAGCUGUUCCCCGAUGGACCGAAAGCCAAUUAUGACUGCCGCGAGUCUCCGGGCAUCCCCUCGUUUCAUGUUUAUCAAUGUUGACCUUUGUUUGAAGUUCUAAGUGGGCCACAACGUUCUGCUUCUAUUAGAAUUCAAUACAGGAUAAAAUAUAAUACUUCACUUUUUAGGCUGCCAUUGUUUAGCUAUUAGAAGAUCUCUGGAUUCUAAAAUUGUUGGCUUCAGAAGUACGACGGUAUAUCAAAUUACGCUGUUUAAAAAAAAUUUAAUUUUUCAAUCAACUACUUGGAAAGGCUUUAGCCAAUGUGUUCGCAGUUCGGUGGGUAAUUAUUCUUUGAGCUCCUGCGUAGGCUUUUGUGUGGUUUAAAGCUGUUCCUGAUAUGUUACUGAUCAAUAUUUGUGUUUCUAAAGACUCGUGACCCGCUUCGGGCUCUCUUCUGAUUUUAUAUUUCAUUCGUCUGUAAUUCUCAACGGACUUCUGAAAUACAAAAACCCUGAUUUUAUACAAAUUACUCAAAAUUAAUCAUACAUUUUUUUUUAAAUAACAUGUUUUAGUAAAUAAACAAAAAAAUCAUAUCGAGUCAUGGAAAUCUUUAUUUGGAUCUUUACAAUGUUUUCUGUUAAGUGGAAAAGCUGAUAUCCGUCAAAUGGCUGCCGUAGCGUUGAUGCACAUUUGUGUCCAUUUUAUCGCGUUUGCUAUGACUUUCCGCAAGAUUUCAGGUGAUAACUGUCCGCAUAUGACCGCAUAGCUGAUGAGGUCUUCAAAAAACAACACAAAAAAGUAAGGCCGAAUUACUCAUCCCGUACCAUACAGUGGUUUGGAGUGGAUGUAAUGGCUCUUCGCGCAUCACUCGCGGAUUUACUGGGCAUAAAAAUUAAAAUUUUGUUUAUUGACGUAACCGCUUAAGUCGCUCUGGAUGAUUUUUGACGCAGAAUCAUCCACUUCGUUGUUGAGAUUAAGAAUGGCUUGAUAGUAAUUCACAUGCGACUGACAGCCAGCAAAGCAUUCACUGAUGCACUGUUUGCACUUUGUAUGUGUAAAUCUUUCACUAUAAUUCGCUGUAGGGUCCGCCUGGUGAUGCCCAAUUACAUGGCCCGUCGUCUGGUUGAUGUUACUUUGUUCUCAGCAACAUCGGCAGCCACAGCCGCGAUAAUUUCGGCCGAACGACCAGUUCGGUAGUGGCCACGCCUUGCAAGGUCUCUCUCAGGACUGCGAGCGGCUAAACGCCGGAAGGUUUGCCAAGUUGGCGUGACAAGAUUAGGAAAAUCGACAUCGAAUCAAUGAACGUGAAUGCGCAAACACCACCGAGCGAUAAUCGGCUAAAAAAAUCGAUUUAAUUAUUCUAUGCUCUUCCGGAGUAUACAACUCCAUUGCUUGUCUAUUUGUAUACUGCAGCUGUGUAGUUCACAAGUGUCAAAUAUGAUUGACUAUGACACCAUUUGCAAAAAUUAUAACAUCCUCCGAUAGGGUCAUUUAUUUUGCGCCAACUGGUGGAUUUGUCACGUGCUUGAGCACGAUCGAAAAUUUUUAUUUUGCCUUUGGUAUGGCUGCAAUAAAUCUUUUUAUAUCUUCACAACCGAAUUUCGAUUGACUUUUUUGAGUGGCAGGUAAAAUGUUAUAAUGGCUCCGAGUUUCAGGAGUAUUUCAGUAAUAUUUUCUUAAAUAUUGUAUCAAACAGAGGCCGAAAACCUAUGAAAUUUUGCAAAAAUUGUCUUUCCUCUCAAUUCACUCAUUUCCUAGUUUAGCGGGGGCAUUUAUUUCUACAGGCGUUAGCAAUUGAUUUAGAUUUGAAAUUUUAUUCCCUUACUUCUCAACGAGUGGAUUCCGUAAACUUUACUCUGAAUGAAUUUUCCUACGUACUUUUGAUACAGACAUACAGUUGCAUAAAAAAUUGUUUGCUGAUAUUCGAAAUUAGGUAGGUAAUCGCAAUUAAAGCAAUGCUUUUUUUUCAUUUCGAAUACUUGUAUGCACACAUAUACUAUAUAAAUGUAUAUACGAUUCGUAUUUUUUGUGAAUACACAAUUCUUUGUUUGCAUUUCAUUAAGUUUGUACGGUAAGCAGCCAGUAAACUGACUGCACCCCAAAUGCAUAAUUAAACGCAUUAUGUAUGUGAAACGCAUUAGUACUACCCAUAACUAACACCAAUCUAUACAUUGUACAUACCUACAUAAAAUUAUAUAACAUCACUAUCACUUCAUAUACAUGCAUACAUACGUAUAUAUAAAUAUACAUAUAUUGUACAUUGUGUAUUGUUAGUAUGGAUAAUAAUUACGAGUAUGAGCGAGAUGUUUAAUCUAUCUAUCUAUUACAUACAUAUAUACAUAUGUUUAAAUGAUACACAUACAUACUUAUUGGAUAUGACGAGUGACAAGUGAUUGUGCUGCAGUCCUUUACAAGAAGAAUAAAUAAUUAAGUACCUUAAAAUCAAGCAAAAUAUUUGUACGCUUUUUAUAUAUCUGCGGCCGCGCAAAAUUGAUGUUGGACUCCUGGCUUUCAGUGGCUCACCGGUGGCUGCGAAAUGCCGCUGGUAUAGAGUUAUGCAAGGCGUGGGUACCUCACUGCAAAGCGGAUGGAAUUAGGGUGGCAUCAGAAGUAUGCCAAUGAAGGGUUGCCGUUGUUGCGCGCAGUAACUACUUCUGUAAAUUGUUGGUGCAAGGCAUUGAAUACGUUUAAGUAAACCUAAAAAAAAACACUAACAUUUUCAAAUAUGUAUGGCUCUCUGAACUUAACAUAUGAUUAUAAUUUACUUUUGUAACUUUUUGGAUAAAUUGAAUUUUUCAAAAAUCUGUAGCAGUUGCCUUCAUGAUUUUAAACUCUUUUAAUCUCUUUCUUUUCUAUAAUACUCAGUAUAAUCUGUAUAUUUGUAUGAACAUAACACUUUUGAUUGCCAAUUAGCGUAUGUAUUUAUAUAAAAGUGGUAAUUUAGAAGUUUCCUACGUUUUGAUACAUAUUUCUAUUAUUUUAUGUCUGCUGCACUUAGUUCAAAACUAAACUGUAAUUUUGUUAUAGUGUAUUUGUAACUCGAUCUGCAGCAACACGGCACUUUGCAUACCCUUCUGAGAUGGAGAAUCCGCUUGCGCUGGGCGACACUUGAGUAGUUGGUUGCGCUCGCUCUCGCUCUCGCCCCUCACAUACGUAUACAUUUAUUCCUUGUAAAUUAGUUAGAAGAGUAUUUUUUAAGGUAAUACAUCAUUAACUACUUUUGUUUGUAAUGGUAUUUGGUAGUUGACAGCAACAAUAUUUGCGUGCAAUGGUUUUUUUUUUACUUGCUAUUGCUGCUGUUUGCUAUGUUGUUGGUGUUGUUGGGUGAUAUUGAGUUUGCAACUAAAUAUUUUCGACUAUUUAUCGUAUACUAAUUAUAAGAAAAUUGAGAGAGAGAGAGAGAGAAAAUAAUUAAGUAAAUUUGUGAUUGUAUGCACAGGUUGGAGGUGUUCGGCUAAGAAGAGCAGGAAAUGAACACAAAUAAUGAAGUCGAAAAAUUUAUAAAUAUAAAUACAAAUUAAAUUUAAAUAUAAAAAACUAAAACUUAUGAACUUGAUGAAUAAUAAAAUUAAGUAAAAUAGCAUGAAAUAAAAUAAAAUACAGUAAAAUAAAAUAAAAUAAAAUGAAAAAAAAAAUAAAAUGAAAAAAAAAAUAAAA